CUGCUGUGUCAGCACUGCAGACAAGAGGAAACACCCACUCACAGUGUCUGAUUACCAAGAAACGAAACUAAGGCUAGUUGUGUUGUUCAGGGAGACAGCAGACAUGGCAGAUGAGAAUCCAGUCCAAGGGCUCUGUGAGGAAACAACUUGUUCCAUUUGCCUGGAAUACUUCAAAGAUCCAGUGAUCAUAGAUUGUGGUCACAUUUUUUGCCAAGCUUGUAUCACUCGAUGCUGGAGGGAGUAUAACAGAAAUGUUCCCUGCCCUCAAUGUAGAAAAACUGUUCAGCAAAGGAAUUUCAGGCCGGUCCGGCAACUGGUGACGAUUGUAGAGAUAGCCAAGAAAUUCAGCCUUCAGAUGGCCAAAGAGGCAGAAGCCUGGGGGACAGUUUGCGAGCAGCACCAGGAACCUCUGAAACUCUUCUGUCGAGACGAUGAAGUCCCCAUCUGUGUGGUGUGUGACAAAUCAAAGGAGCACCAUGAACACAAAGUCAUUCCUAAAGAGGAGGCUGUUGAAGAGUAUAAGGGUAAGCUUCAGACUUUGUUAACAAUUCUGAAGAAAGAAAGAGGAAACAUGUUGUCUUCGCAACAAAGUGGGGAGACUGAAGGCCGGGAUCUCUUGAAGCAGACAGAAAAAGAGAGACAGAAAAUUACGGCUGAGUUUAAACAACUUCACAAGUUUCUGGAAGAAGAAGAGCAUGGCCGGCUAGCUGAACUAAAAGCUCUGGAUGAGCAGGUUAAAGACUGGAGGAAUGCCCACAUUGCCAGACUUCGUAAGGACAUUUCUGCUGUAGACCUCCUUAUCAAGGAAAUGGAGGCAAAACAGAAGCAGCCAGCAAGUGAAUUCCUGCAGGACAUCAGAAGCAUCUUGCAAAGGUGCAACGAGCAGAAGUUUGUGAAUGUAGAAGUUUUCCCUCUUGAAUUAAAGGAACAAAUUAAAAAAUUCUCUGAAAUAAAUAAUUUUCUGGGCACCGUGAUGAAGAAGUUCAAAGAAUCUGUGUUUACUGGACCUCAGACAAAUAUUGUGAAGGAAGAGGCCUUGUCCUUCCAGCUGUUGAAACAAGAACUACCGACUGACAAUAAAAGAGCAAUUCCCACACUUGUUCAGUCUAUGAAUUGCAAAACAAGGCAGGUUUCUAACACGAUAUCCAAUCAAUAUUUUUACCAGUAUCACAACAAAUGUUCUUGUUGGGCCUAUGUUAUGGGAGUGGAGAAAGUAAACUCAGGAAGGUGGUCUUGGGUGGUAAAUGUGAAGUAUAAAAAGUUCUGGGCUGUAGGGGUAGCCCUAGAGUUAUGUCGGGGGUAUGAUGUAUCCAAUUUGUGUCCUGAGAAAGAGAUCUGGGCAGUGGGGAAGUCAGCUGAUAACACUUGGUAUGCAUUCACCUCUUCUGGAAAAGAUCAGGUACUAUGUCCCUUGUCCAGCAAUUGGAACCAUGCUCUCCGCCUUCACCAUUGUAAUGAAACAACCAUCCGUGUGUCCCUGGACUAUGAAGCAGGCUCAGUAGAAUUUUCUUACUAUGACCACUUUAAUUACUGCCGAACUCUCUACAUUUUUCAGAAUGCCUCAUUCUAUAAUCAGCCAAUCUCCUCCUGGUUCAUAAAGGGAAAGUAAAAUGAGGUUCAGGAUCAAAUCCAGGAUCAAAUCCAGGAUCCCUGAAAUCUGGGAAAGAUUCUCUGAUCUGGUUCAGCAAGAUUAGAAAAUCCCAGAUUUAUCCAGCCAUUAUAGCCUAUGGGGAAAACUAUCCAGGGGUUGGGAGGAGGUAUUUUUCAAGCAAACUCUGCCAAAUUUGCAGGAAACCUACUCCUGACUGAAAGAAAGACUUUCCACACACACCAAAGUUUCAGGAAAAUUGGACCACAGGUCUCCUGAAGAACCACUUCCAACUAUUCUCCAUUGUUUCCUAUGCAGAAAUGCAAAUGCUUGGAAAUGGAGAACAUUUCCAAGCAUUUGCAGGCAGAAACACACAACCUGCCUUAACACAUUCUCAAAUGCAAGCUCAACCCAGAGAAAUCCCAACAGAACCAAAUGAAAGUCCUCCCAAAACUCAAGGGCACCCUGAACAAGGAGCCACUUUCCAUUGUUUCCUAUGGCGGGAAAAUUUCCAGGUUGGCCCUCAGGCAGCAACACACACGGGCAUGCAACCACUGGCCAAAGGCACACUGCCAAAUGUAAGAAGAAACCCAACAGAACCAAACUGAAACAAGAGAAUAAAUGGAAUUCCCCCAGAACCAAAAUAUACGUUACAUGUGUCACGAGUUGGAACAGCAUGCCCAACUCUACUCUCUGCCACAUGUUCAUGUAGGCACGACUCUUUAAAAACCUCUUUGCCUCUGUGCACCAUUCCGAAUCCUGCAAGAGGGGAGGAGGAGCUUCAGGCUUCCCCCUCGCACCAUUUUCACCUGUGGAAAUGGCUGUGUAUGGGGAAUGCCUUUUGCCCCUUCUUCUGGCUCCAUGAAUCAAACGUGUAUUCCAUUUCACGUCCAUUUCACAUCACAUGUGACAUGUAUUUUGGCCCUGAGGAGGGUUGCCAUCCUCCAGGUUGGGUCUGGAGAUCUGGGCUCAAUUCAAGGUAUUAGUUAAUAUUCUUGUACUUUACUUUGUACUAGACACUGCCACUUGCUUGUCACACUUGCAAUAUAGUAGUAUAGGGUUUCUAGCACUGCAUGCUCUGCGGGCUAAGCUUAAAAGUGGUGUUCGGCCAUACUUUUCUCAUAGAAUGCUAGGAGAAAAUGUUGCUUCCUCUAGAACAUUAUUCCAAAGAGCAUCAUACUCAAGAAGACGCCUUAACUGGCAAAGGUUGCUCUGUAAAGGAGGGGAUAUACUGCACAUUCCAAGUCUGCUGCCUCCACGUUCCUGGCUUCUAGAGUGUAAACUGUCACUUCCAGGGCUUUUUUUUCUGGGAAAAUAGGUGGUGGAACUCAGUAGGUUGCCCUCAGAGAAAAUGGUCACAUG